AUGCAGGGCUUCAAUAGAUACAUUCCUCCGGACUAUGAUCCGAAGCAGAGCUCGACGCUUAACAAGCAUCAGGGCAAGAAACAUGCACUGGGAAAGCGAGCAAAGGAUAUUGACAAGGGGGUACUGGUAGUGAGAUUCGAGUUACCGUUCAACAUCUGGUGUGGGAGCUGUGGCUCUCACAUCGGCGCUGGGGUUCGUUACAAUGCUCAGAAGCGCAAGGUCGGAAACUAUUUCUCUACGCCUAUCUUUGCAUUCAGGUGUAAAUGUCAUUUGUGUUCUGGAUGGUUCGAGAUUCGGACGGACCCAAAGAACGCAGCAUAUGUGGUGGAAGAAGGAGCGACUCGGAAGGAUGAAGAUUGGAAUCCAGAAGAGAAUGGAGGAUUCGCCGUUCACGAUACCGAAGCACCUUCAGCAGCCGAACCUCCAGCAGACCCAUUCGCUCAUAUCGAAAAGACUGUCGAUCAACAGACAUGGGCCAAAACCAAGACGUCUCGCCUGACGGAACUUCAUCAAGCCUCUGAUCGACUCUUUGGUGAUCCUUAUCGUGUCUCGUCGGCUCUACGGCGGAAAUUCAGAGAGGAAAAGAAGGUCACGUUGGAGAAACAAGGAAGAGACGAUGAUCUAAGGGAGAGAUACGGACUACAUGAGGAGGUGGAUCUAGGAGGAGAAAAUGUCGAUCUCGCCAGAGAAAAAUGGGAAGCUGGACGUGAACGUGCUGGAUUACCUGUGGAGAAGGAGCUCGAUAACGAGGCGGAGGGAAGCGGAGUUGGUGAUAUAAGUGUCAGGGCUACGGCCGGUACACCUCGACCGAGAUAUAGUGCCAAAGGAAAGAAUGGCGAUGGGAUUAGCUUUUCCGAGAGUCUUCGGAGGAGCACCGCGAAGAAGUAUGAUCCAUUCGAUUCACCAAUACCUGGAUCAAAUGGGUCAACAGCGAAUGGAGUCGCAGGACUGACAAGCAGUCUCAAGGUCAAGGGCAGGAUAAAAGAUCCUGGUCCCAUAGGCAUCAAGAUCGUCAAGCAGGCGCAGCCGAGUGCUUCCGAGGUAGUUGCUGGUGGUCUGCUGUCGGGGUAUGGCAGUGAUUAG